AUGUUCCGUGCGUCCCGUGUGACACGAUCCUUCUCCCAGGAGGCAUUCCACCGCAUGAGCAAGUACAUCAAGAGCCGAAACCCCAACGAGAAGUACCUGCGCACUGGGCACAUUGUUCUUGAGACUCUCAAGAGGUACCAUGCAUAUGUGCUGGCGUUAGCCUUUAUUCUGAGCGUAACGUGCUACGAACAACUGAAGCACCCAGAGAAGGUGCGGACGCCUGUCCACGAUGGACGCUCACUUGUCCUCUAG